AUGAACAUUACAAAAAUAGAUGAAUUUGUCCUCUUGGGUUUAAGCAAUCAUCCUGAACUUCAGGUGCUGCUCUUCAUUGUGUUUCUAUUGGUUUAUAUCAUAAUAAUUGUAGGGAACAUGUUCAUUUUCAUCAUGAGCAUGGUGGACCCGUUGCUUCACACACCAAUGUAUUUCUUUCUCAAGGUCUUGGCCUUCCUGGAUAUCUGCUACUCUUCAGUUACCCUCCCCAAAAUGCUUUUUAAUUUCCUGUCUGAAAACAAGAGAAUUUCCUACACUGGCUGUGCUGCCCAAAUGUUCUUCUUACUUUUCCUAGGGGCUUCCGAAUGUUUCCUCUUGGCAGUCAUGGCCUAUGACCGUUAUGUGGCUAUCUGCAAACCACUCAGGUACAUGGCUAUCAUGAACAAGAAAGUUUGCCUUUCACUGACAGUUCUGUCAUGGCUCAUUGGUAAUGUGGUGUCUCUACUUCAGACAACUUGGGUGUUCACCUUGCCAUUCUGUGGAUCAAACCAAAUCAAUUAUUUUUUCUGUGAUAUUCCACCAUUAAUUAAGCUUUCUUGCAUUGAUACCUCUUCCUAUGAGAUGCAACUCUUUACAGCUACUGUCCUUGUUAUUUUCACCCCCUUUUCCUUCAUCAUUGUGUCCUACUGCCUGAUUAUUUCCAACAUCCUAAAGAUGACAUCAGUCACAGGCUGCCAAAAAGCCUUCUCCACCUGUUCUUCACAUCUCAUCGUGGUGACUUUGUAUUAUGGGAGUGGAAGCUUGAUUUAUCUAAGUCCAAAGUCCAUUAAUUCACAGGACAGCAACAAAGUGUUGGCUUUGAUGUACACUGCAAUCACACCCAUGUUGAACCCCAUUAUCUACAGCCUAAGGAACAAGGAUGUCCAUGGGGCAAUUAAGAGGAUGGCAAGCAACACAAAGCAGAACAGAAUAAUCUUUUUCCACAGGAGUUAG